AUGCUUGCCUCCAGCCGCGGAACGGCAUUGAGGCAGGCGUUCGCCGCCUCGCCAGCAACGACGAUACCGGCCUUUCUCGUGCCGGCCCUGCAACAGCAAAAGCCCCUGUUGUCCCGAAGACAGUUCUCCUCGACGCCGACACGACACUCGAAGCUCGGCCGGACGCCCCUGUCGAUCCCGCCCGGCGUAGAGCUGGCCAUUAGCGAGCCGAAGCUGAAGAAGGACCCGACGAGCUACCUCAAGGUGUACAAGAGGACUGUCACCGUCACGGGGCCCCUGGGCAAACUGGAUCUCGAGAUCCCGCCUUUCUUGAAGAUCGACCACGAUGUAGAGGGCAAGCGUGCGCUUCUCAGUGUCGAGGACUCGAACAUCAAGGAGCAGAGCGAGAUGUGGGGCACGACAUGGGCCUACCUCCAGCGCUACAUCAUGGGCGUCUCUGAGGGCCAUACGGCGAUCCUCCGUCUUGUGGGUAUCGGAUACCGCGCGACCGUCGAGCAGCGAGGCGCCAAGGAGGAGUUCCCUGGCCAAAAAUUCCUCUGCCUGAAGCUCGGCUUCACGCAUCCGGUCGAGCUGGGCAUCCCGCGGGGCGUCAAGGCGACGGCGGCGAGCCCAACGCGCAUCCUGCUUGAGGGCAUCGACCGGGAGGAGAUCAUGAGCUUUGCUGGCCGCGUGCGCAAGUGGCGGCCGCCGGAACCAUACAAGGGCAAGGGUGUCUUCAUCAACGAUCAGACCAUCAAGCUGAAGCAGAAGAAGAUCAAAUAG